GGCUAGCAGGAGGCUGUUCUUCCUUCCUCUGGAGAGCUCCCCCCUGCUACGCCACUACAGACUGCUACGACUGAAGACAAAACUGUAUUGAUUUUCACCUCGUUAGUACCAAAUAUGGAUGGUUUCCAAACAAUCCUGAAAUUCUUUAUGAACAAGAAAACUGCUAUAGGUUACAGUUUUAUGGCGCUGCUGACAAUGGGAGGUGAACGAGUGUUUUCUCUUGUUGCUUUCAGAUGCCCCUGCAGCAGUGAAAACUUCAGGUACGGUUUGGUAUUUCUCUUCUCCCCAGCUUUUGUUUUGCUAGUUAUUGGAUAUUUCUUGAACAGCAAGACCUGGAAACUCUUUACAGGCUGUUGGGUGAACCCCAGAAAAAUAUUCCCCAGAGGAAAUAUCUGCCAUUUCUUUUACAUCUUCGGACAAAUCACUUUAAAUGCUCUGGUAGCGCCAGUGAUGUGGCUUUCUGUGGCUUUGCUCAACGGGACUUUUUACGAAUGUGCCAUGAGUGGCUUGGAAAAUCCUGCCUACUUACAUGCAGUUUGCCACAGCAAAUCUGCGAAGUGCUUUGAAGAGCUACACAAGGUAGCCUGUGACAAAAGCUCCAUGCCCUUUUCAGAGAGUGACGAACUGAAACGAACUCUGCAAGCACAGUCCCAGAUUAUAGGCUGGUGUGUGAUAGUUACCUCAGCUCUUCUCUCCCUGCUAACCACUUGCUGUGCCAGCUGCCAGUCAAAAGUCAGCCACCUCCAGCUGAUGUUCUGGAGGGUGUACGCGGAGAAGGAAAAGGAGCAGCUGGAGCAGAUUUUCCAGGUGUAUGCCACCAAGCUGAGCGAGAGAAACCUGAAGUGCUUUUUUGAGAACAAGGAACCAGAAGCAAUUCCCCUGCCAGCUUUUCAAGCAUGGGAAGACGCUUCCCAGCUCUACUCUUUCAGCAGUAGCAAACAACAUUAUAGCACAAUUCACAGGCUAGUUGAAGAAGGCCAGAAAGAAAUCAAUGAGGAAAGAGAGACAAUGCUGAACGUUGAAGAUAUGCCAUAGAACAAAUAUAUUUUCAGCUUUUUUACAUCUUGUUAAUAUAGCGUACUCCUAGCCGGUUUCACCUCUAUAUUUUUUCACAAUGGCCUCUUUCUUCUUCGUCACGUUGCCUCCCAGUUACAAACUUGCUCCAAAAGAACAGACUGAAAUUAUUUCCCUACAUCAGUGAAAAGGCUGCAUUCCUCCAUGGCACCUAUGGUUCGUGCUCUACUAAUGUCUCUGGCUCCAGAUCAAGAGCUGGCAGCAAAAAGAAAUGAAUAAUGAUUUCUACAAGAGCUUUUUAACAAUAACCUAUGUAAAAGGCACUAUAGUAUGUUCAUCUUUUUAAAUCAAGAGACGAUCAUAAAGUAACACCGUUUAAAAGUUCUGAAUAUAAUAAUAGAAGAUGUGUGUGGCUUUCUGACAGCCCACAGAAAGUAAAGGUUUUGCUUCCUGGUCAUUUUCAGGUCAUUUGCAGGUACAGCAUUGUUUGAGGCACUAGUGGUCACUCAAGGCACCUCAGUGUCUUUGGAUUCCCAUUGCACCCAGAACACCACGGAUGGUCACAUCCAUCAGCCCUGGUCUUCUAGUCCCUAAGACAUGUGGCAGUGACCUCCAUUGACAAUGAGGUGCCAGGUAAUUUUUUAUACAAAUCUUACAGAUGAAGCGUAGGGUACCAAGAACUUGAAAUUACCAAAUGGUUCAGCAUUUUUGUGUUUUUGUUAAAAAUUAAUGUCCUGUUUUGAAACAUAAUCACGGGUUGUUAGUGCUUUGUUACAGUAAUGAAAAUGUAUCACUGAUAUUUUGCCUUCAUAGAAGUACUCGGUAAUAUCUUCUCCCACCGAGAAUUUCUCUUUGUACUGGUACAAAGCUCCUGUUUUGAGUGGGUUUCAGGCACUGGGUGCAGCCUGUAGAUCUAUGUAACAUUGUUUGUACUGGGCCUGCAGCCAGUGUAUGACAGACGGCCUGGGAGGAAAUUCCACAUUCUAAGACAAGAAAAUUUUUUUGCAUCUAGCUAUUUUCAUUUUUCUGAAUAUCUUAGGAAACUUAGUUUCUGGAGCAAGAGGAACCAGCAGGCAACGCAGGUGAGGCUACAGUGCUUCUGACAAAAGCGGUUCACCCCAGAGCCCUAUACUUUACCUCACCCACUUGGAAUUCACCAUUUGGCUCUCACACAGGGUAUCCAGAGUCUUUGCAAACACUGUAUAAAAGGAUAACAAAGUUUCUGCCAAGUUUCUUUCCCUGGGGUGACUGGGCAGACUUUCAUGCAGAAUUUUACUGCCAGUCUCCCUGAGUCUGCAAAGAAUCAUGCUUGAAUCAGGCUCUUAUCAACAAGCUAGGGUACUCUGCCCAUCUGUUCUCAUAUUCGCUGUGCUUCUUCAGCAGAAAAAAAUUAAUCUAUCUGCAUUUACAGACCAUGACCCUUUUAAAAAAUAAAAUCCAAGACCUAAUUCCUCUCUCUGCUUAGAAUUUUCUCUGUGCAUUUUGAAGAACUUGUGAUCUUUGAGCAAAUGUUUUAAAGUUUUUUAUCCCGGCUGACCCACUUUGCAGCAGACUUAGAAUAUGUUAUAUGCCUAAAUGUACCUGCUGCAGCUGAAAGCACAGAGGCAACACUGUCAAAAUGAGUCACAACAGCAGGCAUGUCUGUCACCAUGUCUGGCACAUAUGCAUUUUUUUCCCCGGGCUCCUCUCCUGGUGUAGCAAUUAUCUAAUUUCAGGGUACCCAUCCCUUCCUAUUUGUCUCCUUUUCUCCUUCUUUAUGAGAGAUGCCCCAACAUCUACUGCCCAGCCCCAUCUCACCUCUCCCCUACAUGCAACGGGAGAGGAGACACCAUCUAACAGGAUGGCCCCACCGCCUGGGACAAACUUCCCUCCCCAAAGUUAUCUUUCCACCUCCAUCCUCACUGAUACCACAGAAAACAUGGCAAGAAGGGAUGAAAAAGAGAGGAUGCUAAGUAGGUUAACAAAUGAGAAAGAAGUGGGUUGAUGUAAGGAUGAGGUCUCCACUGUGAUAUAAGAGCUGGGACACAGAGGCAAAAGCAUAGUUGGCAGAGGGAAAGGUGGAAGGACAGAGGGAUCCCACUUUGGGCUUUUGGCACCCUCAUUUUUCCUCUGCAGAAAGCUCAAAGGUCUGCACCUGAGUAGCCAGGACCAUCUGAAACAGGAGUGUUCCCCAGCGUGGCCUUCACCUUUAUCAUGAAGGAGCAAAACCAAGGUGUAUUCUCCUCUCCUCAUCCCUACCCUGCUUCAUGUUCACAGGUAACUCAUGUUGAGAGUGUCUCCACCUCCAAGAGCAGCUGCUGAACACUCAGUGCUGCAACAUGUGCCUGGUAGGGGCCGAAGUCUCUUGCUGACCCUUGUUCCCAGGGCUGUGUAACUGUGUUUUCUUACCAAAAUGCCUGUGACUUAAUGCAAUUGCCAUGUGGAUACUGCAGUAAUUCUAUAAAAACAGACGAAAAUAAAGGCCUGUUUCAACUGGAA